CCAAUGAACUCAAGAAGAAGAAGUUGCCCGUUGCUAGGAUACAGUAUAUUCCUCUCAGCAGCUAGCUUCAAACUGUUAGCUACCUGAGGCGGCUGAGACCAAGUUAACACCGUUAACUGAGAACUUACAGAAGUAUUCGGUGAAGCUUUUAUCUUUUUAUGUUUCUCCGGUGUGUUCGGUGUGUUUCCGUUAGUCGUUAACAGACUGAUGCUAAGAAGCUAACGCUAGCUAACCGAGCUACAGGCAGUUAACGGUCGAUUCGGUAGUUUGACAGGCGGCCGGUGAUGGAGCAGGGGGGCCGGGGAGACCGGGGCAGAGACAGCAGCCUGCUGAAGAACCAGCCGUACGACGAGAGCCUGGAGGUGGUCGACUCCGAGGAGGUGGCGAGCGUGUACAGCCCGACCCCCCGCAGCCUGAGACAGGUAGAGUCCAGGCGGAGGAGGAGGGGGCGUGGCCUAAUGUCAGCCACCAUCAGCACUGACCAAUUCGGGGCUGACCAAAAGGCUCACAGGGCCAACGAGGCCACCAGGAGGCCACUCGGGGUCAGUCCACACGAGGAAGAGGACGACGACGACGACGACUCUGAUGAAGAGGAGGAUGACUCGGAUGACGACGACGAUGAAGAUGAUGAUGAUGAACCCAGUGCGGCUCCAGAGGGGGCGUACGACCCUGCCGACUACGCCAACCUGCCCGUCAGCAGUGACAUCAAAGAGCUGUUCCAGUACAUCACACGAUACAGCCCUCAGAACAUAGAGCUGGAGCACAGCCUGAAGCCCUUCAUCCCAGACUUCAUCCCCGCUGUGGGAGACAUCGACGCCUUCCUCAAGGUACCGCGGCCGGACGACAAAGAGGACAGUCUGGGUCUGCUGGUUCUGGACGAGCCGAGCGUGAAGCAGUCGGAGCCCACGGUGCUGACGCUGUGGCUGUCAGAGGAGAGCAAGCAGCACGGAGCGCCCGAGAUGAAGAAGGUGACGAGUGUGGCGAGUCCUCAGUCGAACCCUCGUGUGGUCGACAGCUGGGUGGAGAGCAUCAGCGCCCUGCAUCGUUCGAAGCCUCCGGCCAGCGUGCAGUACGGCCGGGCGAUGCCCGACAUCGACAGCCUGAUGCAGGAGUGGCCGGCAGAGCUGGAGGAGCAGCUGGGCCGCCUGCAGCUGCCCCCCGCCCGCCUCGGCUGCAGCACCGCCCACUAUGCCGACGUCAUCUGCGGUCUGCUCGACAUCCCCGUCCACAACUCCAGAAUCCAGAGUCUGCACCUCCUGUUCAGUCUGUACCUCGAGUUCAGAGACUCCCAGCACUUCACACGCAGAGCCUGACUACACACACACACACACACACACACACACACACACACACACACACACACACA